AUGGGAGCUGGCGGGGUAAUCCUCCGCUUUUUCAAUCUCGGACUGCGUGUUCUGCAGUUCCUUGAUGCUGCUGUCAUCCUCGGCAUCUUCUCAUAUUUUCUGGCUGUCUUGGCCAAAAAUGACCAACACAUUGCGACAUGGAUCAAGGCCGUUGAAGGCUUAUCAGGUGCAGCGACCGCCUACAGUCUGCUCGGCGUCGUUUUAACCUGCUGUCUGGGCGGUGUAGCCUUCUUCGCAUUCCUGGGCGUUGCCCUGGAUAUAUGCUUCGUGGGCGCGAUGAUCGCCAUCGCCAUCAUGACCCGCAAGGGAGUUGAUAAAUGCACCGGAACACUGGACACGCCAAUGGGCACGGGCAAUGCCGACGAUUCGACCGUGUCGGCAAGUCUGAAAUUCAGCAUGGCCUGCAAACUGGAAAAGGUCGUCUUCGCAGUGGCGAUUAUCGGAAUCUUCUUCUACUUGAUCUCCAUCCUCUUCCAGAUCCUUCUCGCCCGCCACCACAAGCGCGAGAAGCGUUUCGGUCCCUCCCCUACCAACGGCUACACCAACGGCAGCCGCAAGGCCUUCUGGCGCCGCAAUAAGAAUAGCCCCAUGGCUACUGGCGCCGCCGAUACCCUACCUGGCCACCCAACCCCCUACGACGUCGAGAUGGGUACCGAGCCCCACAACGAAAAGACCUGGUUCAACUCUUGGAACAAAAACAAGAACACCACCAAUCCUCCAACUGCUGCCCCUGCUGCCGGUGGCUAUGGCUAUGGUAACUCGGCGUAUACUGGCAACAUCUAG